CGUCUUCCUCUGGGAGCAUCCCACGGUGGGGGAGACUCUUAUCUGUCCCACUACCCACCUUGGGGCUGGGCCCUCUCCGUGUCCUCUGCGCAGUCCCUGCGCGAACCCGAGUGACCGGAACCUUCGAGGGACAUGGCAACCCCUGUGGCCCCGGUGGGAGGUACCCGAAAUGGAGCCUCCCCCGAAUGGGGGGGCUUCGAGGAAAAUAUCCAGGGUGGAGGCUCAGCAGUGAUUGACAUGGAAAACAUGGAUGACACAUCAGGAUCUAGCUUUGAAGAUAUGGGGGAGCUACAUCAACGGCUCCGUGAAGAAGAGGUGGAUGCAGAUGCAGCUGCUGCUGAGGAGGAGGAUGGAGAAUUCCUGGGAAUGAAGGGUUUCAAGGGACAGCUAAGUCGUCAGGUGGCUGAUCAAAUGUGGCAGGCCGGAAAGAGACAGGCCUCCAAGGCCUUCAGCCUCUAUGCUAAUAUCGAUAUCCUUCGGCCUUACUUUGAUGUGGAGCCUGCCCAAGUUCGAAGCAGGCUUUUGGAGUCCAUGAUUCCUGUUAAGAUGGUCAACUUUCCCCAGAAAAUUGCUGGCGAACUCUAUGGGCCCCUCAUGCUGGUGUUCACCCUGGUUGCCAUUCUCCUUCACGGGAUGAAGACAUCUGAUACCAUAAUUCGGGAAGGCACACUGAUGGGCACUGCAAUCGGCACCUGCUUUGGCUACUGGCUGGGUGUUUCAUCUUUCAUUUAUUUCUUGGCUUACCUGUGUAAUGCGCAAAUCACCAUGUUACAGAUGCUGGCACUGCUGGGUUAUGGACUCUUUGGACAUUGUAUUGUUCUCUUCAUCACCUACAACAUCCAUCUCCAUGCUCUCUUCUAUCUAUUUUGGCUGUUGGUGGGUGGAUUGUCCACCCUGCGCAUGGUGGCGGUGCUAGUGUCAAGGACAGUGGGUCCCACACAGCGACUGCUUCUCUGUGGGACCCUUGCUACUCUACACAUGCUCUUCUUACUUUACCUGCAUUUUGCCUACCACAAAGUUGUGGAAGGGAUCCUGGACACCCUCGAGGGUCCCAACAUCCCCCCCAUCCAGAGAGUCCCCCGAGACAUUCCUAUCGCAGGGCUCCCUAUCGCCGUGCUCAAUGCCACAGCCAAGGCUGUUGCCCUGACUCUGCAGCCACACUGACUCCAUCCUGGUCUUUUCAAAUAUCCCCUCCACUCAAGUUCAGCUUGCUGGUCCCCACAGCAUCGUGGGGAAGAGGAUUAAAGGACAGUGUUGGUGACCUGUGUCUUUUUGAUGGGGGUUGGGGCUUCUGUGGAGCUAUGGAUUCCCCCACCAAUAUUCCUGCAUCUUUUCCAAGCUUAUGAAGAGAGUGGCCCGGAGCUCCUUGCCCAGGAUCAGGGCUGUUCUUCCAGGGCAGAAAGUAUGUCAGGCCCUCUGGGUCCUCCUCUCCAUUCUCCCCCCCCCCCCCCUUUUCAUUCUCUCUGUACCAUCUUGCUAAUUAUAGACUUGAUAAUUAAAAGAUUAAUUGGGAUCUGGAAA